AUGAAGUGGAAAUCGGACGGUUGCCAGGAGUUCAUUCCCAACGGCAAAGAAGGAUACCCCACCGCGCUAACUUGCGCCGUCUGUGGCUGCCACAAGGGCUUUCAUCGGAAUGAGGCUGCACCAGUUUCUCUAAUCAAGGCAGAUGUACCAUGGUCCGCUCGAAGAGCAAGUCUUUCUGACACCGACCGCGUCUUGAAAACAGUCAAGGGCAUACUGAAUAAGCUGACUCCCGAAAAUUUUGAUCUUCUAAAGGAUCAAUUGAUUUACUCUGGAAUAAUUUCCGCUGAUAUUUUGAAGGAGGUGGGCUCAUUGAUAUUUGACAAGGCUGUAUCGGAACCAACAUUUUUCCCGAUGUAUGUGCAACUCUGUUCAGUCCUUGACAAGAGGCUUCCUCGAUUCCCAUCGGAUGAACCUGGUGGAAAAUUAAUUACAUUUAAGCGCGUUCUCUUAAACAACUGCCAAGAGGCAUUUGAAGGCGCUGGACAAUUGUGGGAAGAAGUUAGGCAGAUGAAUGCUCCUGAGCAAGAACAGGAACGAAGAGACAAAGAACGUUUAGUCAAACUCCGUACACUCGGAAACAUCCGUCUUAUUGGUGAGCUUUCGAAGCAGAAGAUGGUUCCGGAAAAAAUCGUUCGUCACAUUGUUCAGGAACUAUUAGGACAAGAUACCAAGAGUUGCCCGGCAGAGGAGAACGUCGAGGCCAUAUUCCAGUUCUUCAACACCAUUGGUAAACAGCUCGACCAGAACAUAAAAGCAAAGCGCAUCAACGACGAGUACUUCAAUCGCCUGAAGGAGCUGGCGGCACACCCUGAGCUGGCGGCUCGCUUGCGGUUUAUGAUCCGUAAUGUUAUCGAUACUCGUGCCAAUAAUUGGGUUCCGAGACGCGAAGAGGUGAAAGCUAAAACCAUCACUAAAAUCCACUCGGACGCUGAGAAGAAUUUAGGGCUAUUACGCCCCGGUGCCACCGCUAGCACUAGGAAUAGUCGAAAAUUAGCUUCUGGAGCACAAGCGGGUAUUAUUAGUCCUACUGGCUAUCAGAUUAAUCGGCCUGGUACAGGUGGCAUGAUGCCUGGUAUGCCUGUAAUAACAACAGAUGACGAUAAUUGGGAAGUCGUUCUUAACCAGAGGCUUCUACCUCAAGGCAGUGGUGGUUUAAUCGCCGGAAAAACCAGUGCCUUCUUGCAUGGUAGUGGUGGUCUACUUAGACAGGCUUCGACGCCUCCGAUUUCUCCAGCUGUCGAGAAGCCAUUGGCUCCGAUUCUGCCAGAUGUCGAAAAGCCAUUGGCUGUGAUCUUUUUGAUUCUGGCUAAGGUGGAAGAUAAGUCUUACAAGGAGGCCUUAAUCAGUGCUGCUAUGAAGGUUGUGAAAACAGAUAUGUUUCAUCGUGAAUGA